AUGGAGCCCUCGAAACCCGAGUCGGAGCUGCAGCAGUUUUACCAUCGGAUGCUGCUCCCGCUGACGCUCUUCCCCGGCCGGAAGCCGCCCGCCGAGUCUGAGGAGCCUCGCCCGCAGGGCCCCUCGCUGCUGCCCUGGCCCGUCUCCCGCCUGACGCCGGAGGCGCUGUGCCGCCAGGUGGCCAAGCGGCUGGCCCACAUUGGGCUGACCGUGCCGGUGCCCGCCGAGGCCCGCAGUCGCCUGACCCGGGUCAUCCUGGACGAGCUCCAGUGCGCCUGGCAGGAGCCUCGCCCCGAGCCCGGCCUGAGCCGCGUGGAGCACCAGCGGCUGCGGGAGCGCCUGCACGCCCAUGUGCUGCUGAGCAGCGAGCUGCUCUUCCUGCGCUACCUGAACCUGCUGGCGGCGCCGCCGAGCGCCCCCGCCGUCUUCACCGCGUCGGCCCAGCUGGUCCGUUUGGCCGCCAGCCUCGCCAGGGACUGCACCCGCGUCCUCACCGGCCACGAGGUCUACCGGCGCCUGCUGGCCGACUUCCAAAGCUACCUGCAGCUGGAGCGCUAUCGGGGCGGCCCCCGCGGGGCGCUGAGGCUCCACCAAACCCCGCCACCCGCCAGCCUCAGUGCUGCCCCCGCGCCCUUCUCCACCCUCAGCCUGAACAGCCUGAUCCAACUCAGCCGCCCCGUGCCCGCCGGCCCCCGGGAACCAGAGCAGGACCCCCUCCAGGAAUUAAAGUCCAUCCCGCAGCUGAAGAAGAGGCAUCCUCUCCGCUGGCUGCCCUCCUUGCCAAAGAAAGAGGGCCCCGUCGGUUCUGUGAAGACCGAUUCCCAGCCCCCAGUUUCCUCCAUCAGGGUUUCCUCACCCAAGGCCUCGCCCCCCGCCUCCCCACCCCGGAAUCUCCUCGUCCAGAAGGCCCUGUCUAUGCCCUCUCUGCGGGAGGGUAAAAAACUGGCAGACAUUCUCGGCCUCCCUCCACUUCCCAGCCGCCCCCUUUCUCCCUCCAUCCUGUUGGCCGAGAGCAAACCCGAACUGGCAGCCGGGGCGGUGGCGGAUGACCUGAAGCAGCUAGUCAAGAACCUGAAAUCGGAGCCCACCCAUUCCCCGACGCUGCCCUCCAGCCUGCACCCACUCGUGGCAGCCCUGACCAAGUGCCAAGUUGGAGCCAGUCGCUUGAAAGGGCUCCAGGAAAAGCUGCAGGAGCUGGAAGAUGCUGACACCGCCCCUGAGCGGUUUGGGCUCCCGACCCCCAAAGACCAUCAAGGCCUAUCCCACCCAGUCACGUUCACCGUGAAGUUGAACGGAGUCUUCGUGCGGGGAGCAGCCCGACAGAUUUCGGAGAGAAGCUUAGAGACCACCUACCAUGUGGAGGGGGCCCGGCUCCUGUACAACCACCUGAGUGGUGAGCUGGAAUCCAAACUCAUUGACAAGAUAGACGUGGACCACUUUUUGGGCAUCAGUAUCGGGGAGGUGUACAAGGAACUGAUGAACUGCGUCUCCCUCAAGUACUUCUCACUGGAGCCGGAACCACUGAUAGUGCCGGCAUUGGAAACCAAAGGCUCAGGCAUGUUGGCCUCGUCCUAUCUCUUUCCGGGCAAACAGUACUCUGCCAUCAACCCCAAGCUGGUUGGGAUCGCCCCAUAUAAAGGUGACCCUUCUCAGCUCAAUGCCGAAAAGAUGGCCUCCUUCUCAUCACUCCAAGACGUGAAAGGCUGGGACAAGUCUGUCAAGAAGUUCUCUUGGCUGAACUGGUGGAAAUCCACUGUAUCAGUGGAAGACUACUUCAGAUAUCUCAACAAAGAGGACACGGAUUUUCUCCACGUCAUCUUCCAUUUAUAUCAGGAGGAGGGGCCCGAGGCCCCGCCUGUUAAAGACACCUACAAGAUUCAACACCCACCUCCCUUGCUACAAGAUGAGGAGCUCGACUUUGUGCCUGGAGAGUGGAACUGGAGCAGUCUGACCGAGUAUAGUGAGAGAAUGAAGCGGGUCACGCUCCUGGAAAAGCCCCACAAGCUCUUGGACUUGCAGAAGCGGCUGGAACAGCUGUGGAACAUGCUAGAGGUCCCAGAGAAGGAGCAGCUGGACAUGGCCAUCAAGUACAGCUCCAACACCCACCUGCGGCAGCUGCCAUCCUUGGUGAAGGCCUGGGAGCAGGCACUGGAGCACAUCAAGCAGCGGGAGCUGCUGCUGGGCAAACUGGAGUGGUUCGAGAGACAGGCCUCCAACCCCAACCGCUUAUUCCAGAGCGGCCUCAGCCCAAAUCACUUACUGGAGGAGAAUCAGGUCCGCAACCAACUCUACAAGAAUCUCAGAAGAGUGGACAGGCCUCUGACCACCCUCCUGGAGGACAUCAAGACCCUCUUCGGUGAGCCUGUGACCUUCAAGGGACGAAGCUACCUGGAGAAGAUGCAACACGACCGGGUGGAGAUGCUGUACUGGCUUCAGCAGCGACGGCGCAUCCGCCACCUGCUCCAGCUGCAGAAGACCAAGCAAGGGCUAAAGGAGCACCAGGAGCUCAGGAGCCAGCAGCUCACAGAAUAG